AUGCUGCGGAGGUGGAAAUGGACGGCGGAGAUCCGAUCACGGCGAACUCGAGAUCGGCCACAUCGGAUCAACGGCCACCUCGCCACCCUCCGCAGCCUCCUGCCCUCCGCCACCAGGAUGGACAAGGCGGCGCUCCUGGGUGAGGUGGUGAGGCACGUGCGAGAAUUGAGAGAGAAGGUUGAUGACGUGGCGGUGGGAGUGGUGGUCCCGGGGGAAGGCGACGAGAUAGGAGUAGACCAGGUGGGUGGACCGGGAGACGACGAGGGAAAGAGGGUCCGAGCGUGGGUCUGCUGCGCGGACCGGCCCGGCUUGAUGGGGGACCUGAACCGGGCCGUCGGGUCGGUCCGGGCGAAGGCGGUUCGGGCCGAGAUGGCGACGGUCGGAGGAAGAACCAGAAGCGUGCUCGAGGUGGAGAUGCUCGGGGUCGCGGGCGGGGCCGGUCCGGUCCGGUCGGCUCUGCAAAUGGCCCUCCGGUCGGUUCUCCUGAACCGGGAUGCUGGCCCGGUCGAGAUCUAUAAGCGGCCGCGUUUGUCCUCGCGGUUCAGCAAGGCGUAGUAUAUAUAGCUUUGUAAUAUAAAGCGAAAGGGUGUGAACUUUCGCUAACGCUUAAUAUUAAUUAGUUUAGAGCCUGCCUCGUUAGCAUACUUUGUGUAAAGUUUAUAGUAGGAGCUUAAACCCCGGCAUAUCUAAUUAUAUAGUAUCUCCUUCUGUAAUUUUAA